GGGAGAGAGGGGAGAGCACACACUUUGUGCGGCCAUCUGACCUUCAGGGAGCCUGGGGAGAGAUUGGAAAGGAUCUUGGCCAAGAGGCCUGGAGACUCCGACAGCAAGAACAGGAAAGGGGGGCCGGAGAAGCCUGCGCCCCGAGACAGACGGAGUUCCUGAAGAGGGGCAAGCCUCAGCGCCAAUUAUGUAAAAGCCCAGCCAGCUCCCCAUGGCUGCAACUUGGAGUUUACUCUGCCUGAGCCACAGGGCGAAGUCUUCAGGCUGGCCACCUCCCUCGGGGACCUGGGGCUUGAACCAGGUUCCGCCCUAUGGAUGGGAGAUGACGGCGAACCGGGAUGGCCGGGACUGCUUCAUCAGUCACAUGACACAGGCACUCCCAUUUGAUGACCCCCGGUUGGACAGCUGCCAAAUCAUCCCCCCGGCCCCGCGGAAGGUGGAGAUGCGGAGGGACCCUGUCCUGGGCUUCGGUUUCGUGGCGGGGAGUGAGAAGCCAGUGGUGGUUCGUUCAGUGACACCAGGUGGCCCCUCAGAAGGCAAGCUGAUCCCGGGAGAUCAGAUCGUAAUGAUUAACGAUGAGUCAGUCAGCGCUGCACCGAGGGAGCGGGUCAUCGACCUGGUCAGAAGCUGCAAAGAAUCGAUCCUGCUGACUGUCAUCCAGCCUUACCCUUCUCCCAAAUCAGCAUUUAUCAGUGCUGCCAAGAAGGCCAGGUUAAAGUCCAACCCCGUGAAAGUGCGCUUCUCUGAGGAGGUCAUCAUCAACGGGCAGGUGUCGGAAACUGUGAAGGAUAAUUCGCUUCUUUUUAUGCCAAAUGUGCUGAAAGUCUAUCUGGAAAACGGGCAGACCAAGUCCUUCCGCUUUGACUCAAGCACCUCCAUUAAGGAUGUCAUCAUGACCCUCCAAGAGAAGCUGUCCAUCAAAGGCAUCGAGCACUUCUCCCUCAUGCUGGAGCAGAGGACCGAGGGCGCCGGCAGCAAGCUGCUGCUGCUGCAUGAGCAGGAGACCCUCACCCAGGUGACACAGCGGCCCAGCUCCCACAAGAUGAGGUGUCUUUUCCGGAUCAGCUUCGUGCCGAAGGACCCCAUUGACCUGUUACGGAGAGACCCGGUUGCUUUUGAAUAUCUCUACGUUCAGAGCUGUAACGAUGUGGUACAGGAGCGAUUUGGGCCGGAGCUGAAAUACGACAUCGCCCUGCGACUGGCCGCCUUGCAAAUGUACAUCGCGACUGUGACCACCAAGCAAACGCAGAAAAUCUCUCUCAAAUACAUCGAAAAAGAAUGGGGAUUAGAGACGUUCCUUCCCUCCGCUGUGCUGCAGAGCAUGAAAGAGAAGAACAUAAAGAAGGCCCUUUCCCACCUUGUCAAAGCAAAUCAGAACUUGGUACCACCCGGUAAAAAGCUCUCUGCCCUGCAAGCCAAGGUCCAUUAUCUCAAGUUCCUCAGUGACCUUCGUCUGUAUGGGGGCCGUGUGUUCAAGGCAACGCUAGUGCAGGCAGAAAAGCGCUCAGAAGUGACUCUCCUGGUGGGUCCCCGAUAUGGCAUAAGCCACGUCAUAAACACCAAAACCAACCUGGUGGCUCUCUUAGCUGACUUCAGUCAUGUGAACAGGAUCGAGAUGUUUACUGAAGAGGAGAACUUGGUGAGGGUGGAGCUCCAUGUCCUGGACGUGAAGCCAAUCACGCUGCUAAUGGAGUCAUCAGAUGCCAUGAACUUGGCCUGCUUAACAGCUGGAUACUACCGACUACUUGUGGAUUCCAGGAGGUCCAUCUUUAACAUGGCCAACAAGAAAAAUGCCGGGAGCCAGGAUACAGGGACUGAAAACAAAGGAAAGCUUAACAUCCUUGGCCCUGAUUGGAACUGUGUACCCCAAAUGACCACCUUUAUUGGCGAAGGGGAGCAAGAGGCCCAGAUCACAUAUGUAGAUUCCAAACAGAAGACGGUGGAGAUCACGGAUGGCACUUUGUGUCCGAAAGACCACCGGCACGUCUACUUGGCCACCACCUACAACCCCGAUGAGCUCAACCCGCAGCUGGCACCGCCGGGAGAUGCUCCGUGCGAGGCCGACUACAGAGGUCUUGCUCCGCGGUCCCUGUUGACCUUCUCGGGACCAGACACCCUGAAGAAGGCACAGGAGUCUCCGCGGGGCGCCAAAGUGUCCUUCAUCUUUGGAGACCUCGCCAUGGAUGACAGCAUCAGCCCCCCAGCUCUCAGCUAUGACAGACUCUUGGAGGAGAGCCCGGAGCUGCUGGAGAAGCAGACGAGCCUCUACAUGAGAAGUGCCAAUGACGUGAAGGCCCUGGACCUGAGCCCCGACGCGGACAACAUGCAGUUCAUGGAAAACUCCGUGUACGCCAACAUAGGUGACGUGAAGAGCUUCCAGGCCAGCCAGGGCAUCGAGGAGCCCCUGCUCCAUGACAUCUGCUACGCGGAGAACACUGACGACGCGGAAGACGAGGACGAGGUGAGCUGCGAGGAGGACCUCAUGGUGGGAGAGAUGAACCAGCCGGCCAUCCUCAACCUGUCGGGCUCCAGCGACGACAUCAUCGACCUCACGUCCCUGCCGCCCCCGGAAGGGGAUGACAACGAGGACGACUUCCUGCUGCGGUCCUUGAACAUGGCCAUCGCCGCCCCCCCUCCCGGCUUUCGAGACAGCUCCGAUGAGGAGGACUCUCAGAGCCAGGCAGCCGCCUUCCUCGACGACAAGGGGCCCAGCGGUGGCGGCCUGCAGAACGACGAGAUCCCCGUGUCCCUCAUCGACGCGGUGCCCACCAGCGCCGAGGGGACGUGCGACAAGGGACUGGACAAGCCGGCCGCCCCCACGCCGGGAGCUCUGGCCGUGUCGGAAGAGCAGCAGACGAGUAACAAUUCAGGUGUAGCCAUCUUGAGGGCUUAUAGCCCCGAGUCUUCCUCAGACUCGGGCAAUGAGACUAACUCCUCCGAAAUGACGGAGAGCUCGGAGCUGGCCACGGCGCAGAAGCAGUCCGAGACGCUCUCCCGCAUGUUCCUGGCCACGUCCGAAGGCUACCACGCCCUCGCUGAGGAGCAGACAGAGUUCUCCACCUCCGCUUCCACCUCCACCUCCACUCCCACCUCCAAGGCCACUGCUGGGGGCGCCCUACCCCCCAAGGCCCCCCACUCCCUGGCCGCCCGGCCCGGGGUGGACCUGCCGUCCAAAGUCGUGCCUUCCAAGCAGAUCCUGCACUCGGGCCACAUGGAGAUGGAGCCCGAGACCAUGGAGACCAAAUCGGUGACGGACUAUUUCAGCAAACUGCGCCUGGGCUCCGUGGCCUACUCCUGCACCAGCAAGAGGAAAAGCAAGGCGCCCGACGGGGAGGCCAAAGCUCCCACCAGUGGAGCGAAUGGGACGGCGCCAUCAGGGAAGAAGCAGCAGGGGGCCAAGGCCACUGAGGCCGAGGAGGACGCCAAAGGUAAAUUCGGUACCAUGUCCACCAGGGACGGUCAGCGCCUGGGCCCUUUUAACCUGGAGAGAACUGCCUUCCGCAAGGACAGCCAGCGAUGGUACGUGGCCGCGGAGAGUGGGCCAGCUGACAAAGGCGCCCUGGAAGCGGCCACAGGGAUGUUCCCGCGAGCCCCUGGCCUGGGAACAAGGGAGGCCGAAGGGAAGGAUGAAGGGGCCCCCCGCGGAGACACCGCUGAGGUUUCGGGCCUCGGCCAGCGAGACCACUUCUUAACAGACGUGACCUGUGUCUCUUCAGCCAAAGACUUAGACAACCCCGAGGGUGCCGCCCCGCCUGCCUGUGACCGCCCUGCCCAGCUGGCCGGCGCAGAAGACAGCGUGGCCCACCUCUGUGACUACCACUUGGCCAAGCGAAUGUCAUCGCUGCAAAGCGAGGGCCAUUUCUCCCUCCAGAGCUCGCAGGGCUCCUCGGUGGACGCGGGCUGCGGCACGGGCAGCAGCGGCAGCGCCUGCGCCACGCCCGUGGAGUCCCCACUCUGCGCCCCCGUGGGGAAGCACCUGCUUCCGGAGGCCGCGGGCAAAGGCGGGCCUUACGUUCCUUCCUCCGAGGAGAGAGCCACGGGGCUUCCCGGCCACGGAGCCCCUUUUAAGGAAUCACACCCCCAGGCGGAAGGGGUGUGUCCCCGGAUGACAGUGCCUGCCCUGCACACAGCCAUUAAUGCUGAACCCCUGUUUGGGACUUUGAGAGAUGGAUGUCACCGACUCCCCAAGAUUAAGGAAACUACAGCUUUGACAGAGUCUGGGAAGGAGAGACGAGGAGGCAUGCCUUCAGUGUGGUCUCAGUAUCCGGAAGCUGAUCCCAUCCUGCUACCAUCAAACAUUCACUCGGAAUCAAAGGUGCCAAUUCCAAAUCAAGACCCCAUUGAUUUCUCCCAAGCAUACCGGCCCUACGGAGGGGCUGUGAGCUGGCAGCCACUGGAUGUGAGAGGGGAGAGCCGUGGGACACCCCCCAGCCAGAGGGCUCUGAGACGGAGCAGUAGUAUCCUCUCAGGAUGUAUAGGAUUGGAGACCUUCCGAGAGAGAACCAAGGGUGCAGUCAGCGAAAAGUGUCCAGGUGUCACAGAAGCACAGGAGGCCACUUCAGAAAGGCGAGCAGAACUCCCACUGGGAAAGAAGCUCACCAAAAGUUUUUCCCAAAGCUCGAUGCACUUUAGCUCUGAUGGGAAGACUCCCAAGGGGUCCCCGGUGGCUCACAAAGACUCAAAGCUCUAUAAGACAUUGCCUUUGAGGAAGCUGGAGGGCAGCAAUUGGAGAUGCCGGGGACCUUUCAGCUACUGCUUUCUGAACCGAGGGCAGGAGGAAGAUGAGGAUGAGGAUGAAGAGGAGGGAGAACCCACCCACCGGGUCUCUUGCCUCUUUCCACUACAGAUGACUAAAGCCAUGCCAGACCCAAGCAGCCCACCCCUGGCUGUUGGGAUUCAAAAGCAAGAAGGGGAGCUGUCCAGGUGUCCAGUGCUGAAGGGUUGGGCAGAAGACCCGAGUGGCCCGGAUGACAUGGACUUUAGCAACCUGGCUUUCGAUGCCCGGAUUGCAAGAAUAAGUGCCCUAAAGCAGAGCACAUAUGCAAUGCCUGAUGGGUUCCUUGCAGCCCAAAAUGAUGCCAAUGAGCUGCUCUGCCUUGUCAGGGCAACCAAGGGGAAGAAAGAGGAGUCGCGCCCUGAAGCAUAUGACCUUACACUUUCUCAGUACAAGCAACUGUUGUCCAUUGAGUCCAGACAGUUAGGAAGUGCCUGUAGGAAGAUGGCGAUGGCCGAGAAAAGCCCAGAAGAGAUGCUCCUAGCGAUGACUUCCAGCUUUCAAGUGCUCUGUUGCCUAACAGAAGCUUGCAUGCGAUUGGUGAAAGUCGUGAGCUCUGAAACACAGCGGCAGGAAAUUGUGGUGAAGAUUGACGAAGUGGUCAUCAACUACAUCUGCCUCCUGAAAGCUGCUGAGGCAGCCACAGGAAAGACCACUGGGGACCCCAGUGUCGGGCUGUCCACGCGACAUUCAACCACCAUGGCCGCCCUCGUAAGCACACUAACACGUUCUCUCAAGAUGCUUUUAAAUAAAUAAAGUGUGAAAGUCACAUCAUACUCUACCUUUGCAAAGCCAUACAUGAACUUUUAUUUACUUUCUUUCUUGUACGAUGAACAGAUGUCUCCUUUCUUCUCUCUGUAUAUUUUGUUCUUUUGUAUAAAAAGGAGAUAAAAGGUCACAUUGGUGAAACGUUGAAAUGUACUAAUCAGAUGUAUUCUGUUUAUAUUAUACAUAUAUACGUGUAAAAGAACUAUACAAGGCAGUGAUGACAUUUGGCUAUUUUUCAUAUAGUCAAAACUCGGGGGAUAUGAAGUGAAAUUUUAAAUUCUACCAUGUUAGAGCAAAACAGUAAAUCCCAUCUCCUUUCCUUCCAAGUGGAUACUUGGAGACCAUGUCGUUCAUAUUUAGAAGUAAAAAAAAAAAAAGAAAAGCAAGAAAUCACAAUGUAUAUAAAACAGUACUUAUGUUUUAAAAUUAUGAUUUUAAAGUAUUGGAAAUAGCAAAAAGACAUUUAAAAUUCAAGAAGCUAUUAUGAGUUAUUAGAGAAGAUAUAUAAUAAAUUAAUUUUUUUGCUCAUA